AUGCCUCAUGCAUCUUGUGGUGGUGGUGGCACCUCCAAGGAAGAGGAGGAGGCCGGAGACAAUGAUUGUAUGAUUUGUCUGUUUCCGCUGCUGGGUCACGACGACGAGCAACACAAGACUGCUAGUACAUGUAGUGAGAUUGGCGCGGUGUUUCCCUGCGGCCACGUCUUUCAUAUCCACUGUUGGCGACAAUGGAACAAGGACAAGUGUCCCGUCUGCAAUCAAGUGGCCAGUCUUUUUUCCAAAAUCUUCAUCAAGACUCCCACCACAGCAUCCAUGGCACUGAAAACGGGAGAAUUGGAGGAUCCGGAACGACUCGAACUGGAACGCUACCGUCGACGGGAACGCGAUGAAAAACAAGCCAGUCGCAUGCUGUUACGGGAUAUGGAAAAGCAAUUGGAACAGGAUCCCGCAGCGGCCAAAACUAUGAUGACCAUGAUGAUGAUGGUACAUUCCAGGGAUUUGCGCAAAGCCGAGCGGGCACUCCAAAAAAGUCAAGAAGAAUGCGCGUCCAAAGACGAACUUUUGCAAGUGGUGCAGAAGGAUUUGCAAGAUUCCUUGAACGAAUUGGCCACGGUCCAGCCCAAGGCGGAUUCCUUACAGCGACAAGUUACUCAACUCAAAAAGGAAAGUGCACGGGCUCAAAAGAAUCAAGAGUACAAACAACAAGUAACAGAGCUGCAGGCCAACCUAGACCGGGCCAAGGAAAAAUUGGCCAUCAAGAAUAAACAAUUGACACGACGCAACAAGGAACUGGCAUCCAAACGAAAACUACUGCAGGAUCAUAAGAUCAUCGAGUUGGCGGCAAACAGUUCUAACGGUAGUAGCCAUGGCAAGGGGCAGAGAGACUCCAUCCACCAAAAGACGUUGGAUGAACUGCAACGGACCAAGAAAGAAUUGGAGCUACUACGGGAACUGGAUUCCUUCACCAUGGGGGAUGAGAGUUACACCACCUACGGACAUGGAUCGUUUAAUGAUUCCUUGUCCUGGAAUGAUUUGGCAUCAUAG